AUUGGGUCUAGCGAUAGGAGUCGCGUAGAUGGGCGUGGGCUGCAGAUCAUAUUUGGUCCCCCAGGUAAGGUCUGGUACCUGUAACCCAGGCGCCCGGGGAGCAGAGGAAGGAAGGUAGUGGAUGAGGUAACUAGAGUCGAACCAACGCACGGCGCGCGGGAGUGCGGGAUUCCUCACGCUCGCCCUCCAAGCGGAGGCUUAGGUCGCUAUGGGUUCCACAGCGGCCCCGGAGGGAGCUCUGGGCUACGUCCGAGAGUUCACCCGCCACUCCUCCGACGUGCUUAGCAAUCUGAAUGAGCUGCGCCUGCGCGGGAUCCUCACUGACGUCACGCUGCUGGUUGGCGGGCAACCCCUAAGAGCGCACAAGGCAGUUCUUAUCGCUUGCAGUGGCUUCUUCUAUUCAAUUUUCCGGGGCCGAGCGGGACUCGGGGUGGAUGUACUCUCUCUGCCUGGGGGGCCAGAAGCCAGAGGCUUUGCUCCUCUUCUGGACUUCAUGUAUACUUCAAGGCUUCGCCUCUCUCCAGCCACUGCCCCAGCUGUCCUCGCAGCUGCUACCUAUUUGCAGAUGGAACACGUAGUCCAGGCGUGUCACCGUUUCAUCCAAGCCAGCUAUGAACCUCUAGGCAUCUCCUUGCGACCUGUGGAGGCAGAACCCCCAAGACCCCCAACAGUCGCUCCACCAGGCAGUCCCAGGCGCUCAGAAGGACACCCAGACCCACCUACUGAGUCUCGAAGCUGCAGUCAAGGUUCCCUGAGUCCAGCCAGCCCAGACCCCAAGGCCUGCAACUGGAAAAAAUACAAAUUUAUUGUGCUAAAUUCUCAGACCUCACAAGCAGGAAGCCUGGUUGGGGAGAGUUCAGGUCAACCUUGCCCCCAGGCCAGGCUCCCUAGUGGAGAUGAAGCCUGUAGCAGCAGCAGCAGCAGUGAAGAAGGAACCACGCCGGGUCUCCAAAGCAGACUAUCUCUAGCUACUACCACUGCACGAUUCAAGUGUGGAGCUCUAGCAAAUAACUCCUACCUCUUCACACCCCGGGCUCAAGAGACUUCCCUGCCGGCUUCUAAGCAGGCUAAUCCACCGCCAGGAAGUGAGUUUUUCAGCUGCCAGAACUGUGAGGCUGUGGCUGGGUGCUCAUCGGGGCUGGAGCUCUUAGCUCCGGGAGACGAGGACAAGCCCUAUAAAUGCCAGCUGUGCCGAUCUGCCUUCCGUUAUAAGGGCAACUUGGCUAGUCACCGCACGGUGCACACAGGGGAAAAGCCCUACCGCUGCUCCAUCUGCGGAGCACGUUUUAACCGACCUGCUAACCUAAAAACACACAGCCGCAUCCAUUCCGGAGAGAAACCAUACAAGUGUGAGACCUGCGGCUCGCGUUUUGUUCAGGUGGCACACCUACGCGCACACGUGCUCAUCCACACCGGAGAGAAGCCCUAUCCGUGUCCCACCUGCGGAACCCGCUUCCGCCAUCUACAGACCCUCAAAAGCCACGUUCGCAUCCACACCGGGGAGAAGCCAUACCACUGUGACCCCUGCGGCCUGCAUUUUCGGCACAAGAGUCAACUGCGGCUGCAUCUGCGUCAGAAACACGGGGCAGCUACCAACACUAAAGUGCGCUACCACAUCCUCGGGGGACCAUAGCUGAGUCCCCCCCAGCCAAACUUCGCUCCCUAGGGGCUGUGAAAGCUGUAGGCUCAGGCUUGAUUUCCCUGAUGGUCCUGAUAUGGGGGUGUGCUGGGCUACCCUGGUAUUAGAAACUGCUGACACCUUAAUUUCGUACUGGGGAAGAGCGGGGGUGGCGGAUCCUGGCUAGAUCUGCCUCUGUUUUGCUGGUCAAAACCUCUUCCUCACAAUCCAGAUUGGGUAGCUAGGGGGGAGACACAGGGGACUUGCUCUCUUUAAGGGAACUUCCCCCUCCAUUUCAAAUGGUUUAUCUGUAAAUAUAAUUUAUUGAGGCCUGUAGUUGGUACCAGGGCCUUUAUUCUGUUUGCAUUUCCAACUUUCUUCUUCCACAAGUGUGAUCAAAAAAGACUGGAAACACAGAAGGGGAGAGCACCACUCUGCUGGCAGAGAUACCUAGUGCUUGGCUCUCACCUUUGGCUUGAGUGUCUUACAUUGCCCCCCCCCCCUUUUCCUUUCUAACUUUUCUUUCUGGAAUUGUCCUUUCUUUUCCUCUCUUUGCUUGUUGGUUUCUCUUCAGUUCUAGAACUGGAUCCUUUAGUUUUCCUGGGCUUAGCCCUGAGAAUAUCGAAGGUUGGGUAAGGAAUCCUCUGGUAUUUUGGAUGAUGAACGCCCUGUAGCUGGCCAGACAUGGAAAGAAACCUUUCAGCUUUUUGAGGGUGAUGGGAACCUUUUGUGAUGAACCCAAAAUGUAGAUAGUAAGUUCCUCCUGAAGGCUGGAAAGGUGGGAGCCAGAGCCCACAUCUUCCUAAAAGGAGGUGAGUUGUCUCCACCAAGGAGGCCCAGCAUCAACGGUUUGCCUGGGUUCGAAUGCACUAAGUUCAUCUAUCAGACCAAGCCUGCCUAAGGGUUUGCACUGAACGCAUAAUCCUCUCACGGGUCUGACUUAGUAUCUCCAUAGGGAGAGACCUGAAGAUCCUUACUAGAGACUACAGGACCCUUUAUGUCUGGGUUCUGAGAAUGCUAUGACCUAGAGAGAAUUAAUGACAUUCCUUGACUCGGAGUCUGAGUCCUUUACUGCCUGAACAGCUGGGUUUGAAUGUCCCUUGGCCAUCCUUCUUUGAAUGUGUUUUGUUUGUUUGUUUUGUGUUUGGACAGCUUCUGGCAAGUGUCCAGAUUCCAAAACGUUCAUCUUUCAUGGGUGCUUGGUAGCUUUCUUACCUUAGACAAUCUGGGUCUGAGACUCAAACUAC